ACUUUUGAUUGCAAAUAAAGCAAACAUUGAAUGCAAUGACAGAUAGUUUGUGUCCAUCAAUGCGUUUGUCAUUAAUAUCGCUAUUAAUGACACUAAUUGUGAUUACAAAUGAUUGUAAUGCCAACGACUGUCUCGUUAGCCGAUCGGCUGCACUGACCGAUGAUAAGGACGUGUUUGUACCCGAAUGUACCAGAGAUGGACUCUUUGCGUCGGUUCAAUGUCACCGAAGUUCCGGGUAUUGUUGGUGUGUGGAUGUGAUGACCGGUCGACCCAAGAGUCGAACCACUACCCACAAUGGUUUGCCAAACUGUAAUAAUUCAGGUCGUCGAUCGGCAACUCGUGACUCUAACUCAAAGACCCGACGAAAGGACAAACGUUUGUGUAAUAGCUCUCAGAGAGUCUUAUUUAACACACAGUUGUUGGGCGUCUUUGUGUCGGAAAAUACUCGCAAAACUGGUCAUCAAAAUGAGUCGUCAAUAUCAGCAUCAAUUGAAUCCAAGUUCAAUGAAUUGGAUCUCAAUUUAGACGAAAAGAUCUCUAAACAAGAAACCAAAGAUUUGAUUCAAUUAAUCAAAAAGUUGUUCCCAUUAUUCCGGGUUUGCGCGCAACAGAUGUUCACAUUCUGUGACCAAAACAACGACUCUUUUGUAACGAAAGCCGAAUUUAAAGAAUGUCUUAACUUUGACUUUAGUUUUCGCGCUUUUCUGUCUCUAAAUUCAACAAAUGGUGGACACAGUUCAGCUGACACACAGACAUCGGCAAAGAAGGGAAAUGGCUUUCAAAAUCCAUUUGAACUGAACCAACACUCGUCACGAAAUGUCAAUGAAUCGCGACUCGACUGUUACAUAACACGUGCCAACGCUUUAGAGUCGAAAAAAGUCAAUCCAAACGGCGAACUGUUUAUCCCCGAGUGUACUAAAGAUGGCUAUUAUGUACGCGUCCAGUGCCACAAAUCCAGUGCAAAACCUGUGCCUUACUGUUGGUGUGUAUCACGAGUCUCAGGUCAGACCAUUAAGACAUUGCCGACGUCAGUGUCCAUUACUAAUGGAAAUCAAAACAAUUGUGAAUCGAUUAGAAAAGGUUGCGAUCAGAGGCGUCGCAACAAAUUUCAUCAAAAACUUCGUGAAUAUCUUGAAAAGGAUAACAAUUCGUGUCAAUCGGCUUUUGAUCGAAUGGACACUAAUCGAGAUAUGUUUCUGGAAAACAGUGAAUGGAAACAAUUUCGCCAAACGUGGCGAAAGACCAUUAAUUCUAGACUAAGAAAAUGUUUCAGAACUGAAAUCAAUUAUUGUGACCAAAACUAUGACAAAAAACUAUCUAAACAGGAAUGGGUUCAGUGCUGUCAACCAUUAGACUCGUACUCCAUGUCCUCAUCAUUUGGCAGCUCUUUAGCUAUUUCUGACGAUUUUGUUGGCCAACAACAACGGCCAAUGAGGACGAAUAAGAGAGGACCGAAUCCUUUCAAAACUAUCCUAAAAUCUGAGUGA